AUGUCGGAAAAGGAGCUAAAAUUCGAUUCAAGCGACCCUCCUGCGUACAGUCAGUCGAAUGUUUACAAUGUUGAUUUAGAGAAGGGUCUUUGUUUGGAUACACAACAGAACAUCAACAAAUCGUCCUAUCCAACUUCCUUCAAUUCUAACAAUAGCCAGAAAACGCCCAGGAAUGGAUCACAAAAUUCCAUCGCCUUGAUAAAGAAAAGCUAUGAGGAAGUGUUUAAACAACUUUCCCUUCGCUUUUCUGAUAAUCUUGUCAUUAUCGAUGAAAGCCAGCGUCUACCUUCAACAUUCUUCUUUUCGUUGAUGUGUACAUUAGCAAUUUCAUACAGUUUCAAACUUCUUUCUUGGCUGGAACAAGUGUAUUCGGACGAUAAAUUAAGUUGGGCCCUUCUUCCACCUUUAGGCCCUUUGCUUGUGAUAUGGGCAAGCUUGUUUGGUCUAUUUUAUUACUUUACUUCACUCGCUGUCAAAAUAACAAGAACUGUUGCACAGAUUAUAUUAGGUGUUGCAGUCGUAAUUGGAGGUGUUCCAGUCUUAAUUGGAGCCUUAAUUGGAUGUGUUGGAGCUGCUGGAGUUUUUAUCGUUGAUCUUGUGUGCUGUGGCUUUUAUAACAUUACUGUUUUUGGUCUUGGAAUGGAAUUUGAGCGCCCAGCUGAAAACACCGGUUCGCCUACGCUGCCCAGAUAUCAACAAAGGGAUGAUGCACUAGCUCCUCCGCCGACAACUACGAACGAAGAAAUAGAGCUGCAGAGCAAUCCUACCACUCAAAGUUAA